GAGAGGAGCAGCAGCUGUGUACAAAUUAGUUUUUGCUUAUUUCAGCAUUCUCUCUCGACGCUGCGGGUGCCUGAACAGAUGGCUAGGGGAGGCAAGGUUGGUUACGAACGCAAGACUAGAAACAAAGUCCGAUUGGAGAAACAAGAUUCAGAUGAGUCUGAUGAAGAUUAUAGGGUGGACGAAGAUGAAGAGAUUCAUUUGUCUGAAGACGAUUAUUGUUCUUCCCUUGCCGAGGAUGAAUCAGAUGGGAGUUUUGGGAAAUUUGAUGAUGAGGAAGAAGAGUGGAUAGAAAAGAAGGAUAAGACUAAAAAGAUUGCCAUGCCAAGAAGGCAAAAAAAAAUUCAGACAAGAAAGAAAAAUAUGGUUGUGAAGUCUAGAAAGAAACAGGUAACCGACAGUGAAGAGGAAGAGGAAUAUGACGAUUAUUGUGUUUCUGGGUUGAGGCAACAAAAGAAAAAUAAAGUCUCACUUGAAGAAGAAGAGGAUUACGAUGAUGAUAGUGAACUUUUUUGUCGACAAGAUGAGGACGACUUUGUUGAUGAGAACCCAAGAAAGAAAUCCCAAAUUUCAAGAACCGAGAUAUAUGAGGAUUCUUAUAAUGAGGAUCCUAAAGAAAAAGAUAAACUUGCAUUUACUGAAGAAGAAGAAGAAGAAGAAGAUGAUGAUGAUGAUGACGAUGAUGAUGAUGAUGAUGAUGACUAUAAUGAGUCUGAUGAUUCUGAGGAUGAGGAACGUACUCCAGGUGAGGUUUUGACAAGUAACAGUAGGAAGCCAGUAAGAAAACGAGUUUUAAGGCCAAAAAAUAGGUCUAAGCUUUCAAAGGAAUUUAAAGAUGAAAAACAUGCUUCAAAAGAAAGGAAAACAACAAAGAAGUGGGUUUGGGGAAGGAGGAAGAAAGCAACUGUAACUGUGAAGUCUGACUCUGAUUUUGUGAGCUCAGAAUCAUCUGAUUAUGAAUACACGAUAUCAGAAGAAGAAAGAGAACAGAUUAAAGAAGGUACUCGGUUCUGUAAAAGGUUGAAAACUAAUCUAAGAAGCUCUGGUUCUUUGAAAAUGAUGGAAGAGGAAAAGUUAGUGCCUUUAAAGUGCCCAGGAAGGAAGGGUAAACAAAAGGUGGUGGAUUUGAACAUUGAGAUCGGGAAGCAAGUUUGUGGGAUUUGUUUAUCUGAAGAGGGUAAAAAAACAGUCAAAGGAGUUUUAAAUUGUUGCAGUCACUACUUUUGUUUUGCUUGCAUCAUGGAGUGGUCGAAAGUGGAAUCUCGCUGCCCUCUCUGCAAGCAAAGGUUCACAACCAUCAGUAGAACUGCACGAACAGAUGGUGGGCAUGAUCUAAGGGAUGCAGUUUUUCCAGUUCCUGAGCGUGAUCAGGUUUAUCAGCCAUCUGAAGAGGAGCUUAGGGGCUAUCUUGAUCCUUACGAAAAUGUUCUUUGUACUGAGUGUUUACAUGGUGGGGAUGAUGCGUUUAUGCUUCUUUGCGACCUCUGCGACUCACCUGCACAUACUUACUGUGUUGGUCUUGGGCGUGAGGUACCAGAAGGAAAUUGGUAUUGUGAUGGCUGUAGGCCAACAGCCCUCGCUUCCUCAAAUGCCCAAGGUCUGAAUUCUACUCCUGAUCAUGGACCAAUUAACAAUUUAUCAGUUGGCUCAUCACCUGGUUGUGCUGUCCGUGAAACUUUCGAUCUCAAUGAGGCAUACGUACCUGACACCCCAUUGAGUCAAGUAAGUGGACACUCUCAAUCACCAAGAUAUUCAGUUGGGCAUCUUCAAACCACUUCGCCUGCCUCUGGGUCUGGGGCAUUCACUUUGCAUGACAGACGACGCAUACAGCGAGUGAUACACCGAUUUAUUAAUAGCAGAAGUCGACAGUCUGAAGGGAAUGAUGCUGUGGCCUCAGCCUCAGCAAUCAAUCUGUUUGGUUCGCCAAUCGGUCGUGGAGUCAUAGCUACUCAAAACCCAAUUAUGCCAAGGAUGGCUCCACAAAAUAUCUUUCGGGGACUACUGGCUGACUAUACCACAUCUUCAUUGUACAAUAGGGAUGCAUUUUCUCCAAGAUCAAGCAAUUUGAGGGGCAAUGUACUUCAAAGUCUACCUUCUACCUCGAACGUUCACCCCUUUGGUGGACUAUCACAAAGUGAAUAUACUGGGAUUAGUGCAAGAAUAAGUGGGGAUUUGGUUCAGCAGCAACUGCAUCCUUGCAGUACCACAUCAAACACUGGGGCUAAUGCUAGCACAUCGCCAUUUCAAUUUACAGAGGCUACUGUACCUUCAAGAACAUUACAAGGAUCUCUACACACUCGAUUUUAGCUGAAUUCGGACAUGAACAACCUUCCAUUGGAAUAUUUACAGCACAUACACAAUUUUUAGUGACGGACCAACAUCCAGAGAAAAUGCAGACACCUUGGAUUAAAGGUAGAUCCUUAUCUUGCUCUCAUUGCUUUUUCAGGACUCGUCUCAAAAUUCUUAGAUGGGUGACUUGGCCUCCCUUUUUAGUAGUAGGAUUUACUUGAUUUUGUCCACACAAUAUUUGGUGACUUAUGUAGAAUAGAUUGUUACUCACAUUUGUUAUUUGUAUAUGGGAUCCAAGAACAGGCCUCUGUACACUGCGCUAUUCAUUGACUUGUAUUUUUCAAAGCAUUUUUCCGAAUUUAUCCAACAUUUGAAUUGAAUGAUA